ACCCAAGGCAGGAGUCAGUGAGACUGAAGAGAAAUUGGACGUUCUGCUGGCUGCAUAAGUACCUAUGGACUAUGGCAGGAAAAGUGAAGUGGGUCACUGAUAUCGAGAAGUCGGUGCUGAUUAAUAACUUUGAGAAGAGAGGAUGGGUCCAGGUGACAGACAGCGAGGACUGGAACUUCUACUGGAUGAGUGUGCAGACCAUCCGAAAUGUUUUCAGUGUUGAAGCUGGCUAUCGGCUCUCAGACGAUCAAAUAGUCAACCAUUUUCCGAACCACUAUGAGCUGACCCGGAAGGAUCUGAUGGUGAAGAAUAUUAAAAGAUACAGGAAAGAGCUGGAGAAAGAAGGGAGUCCUCUGGCAGAAAAAGAUGAAAACGGAAAAUACCUCUAUCUGGACUUUGUUCCGGUCACCUACAUGCUGCCCGCCGACUACAACCUGUUCGUGGAGGAGUUCCGGAAGAGCCCCUCCAGCACCUGGAUCAUGAAGCCUUGUGGCAAAGCCCAGGGGAAGGGAAUCUUCCUGAUCAACAAGCUCUCGCAAAUCAAAAAGUGGUCCCGGGACAGCAAAACAUCUUCGUUUGUGUCCCAGUCCACCAAGGAAGCCUACGUGAUCUCUCUCUACAUUAACAACCCCCUGCUCAUCGGUGGGAGGAAGUUCGACCUGCGCUUGUACGUUCUGGUGUCCACGUACCGCCCGCUGCGCUGUUACAUGUAUAAACUUGGGUUUUGCCGCUUUUGCACGGUCAAGUACACCCCGAGCACCAGCGAGCUGGACAACAUGUUCGUUCAUCUCACCAACGUUGCCAUUCAGAAACACGGGGAGGACUACAACCACAUCCACGGCGGCAAGUGGACUGUGAACAACCUGCGGCUCUACCUGGAGAGCACCCGAGGCAGGGAGGUGACCGGCAAGCUGUUCGACGAGAUCCACUGGAUCAUCGUGCAGUCGCUGAAGGCCGUGGCGCCGGUGAUGAACAAUGACAAACACUGCUUCGAGUGCUAUGGCUACGACAUCAUCAUAGACGAUAAGCUGAAGCCCUGGCUGAUUGAGGUUAAUGCAUCCCCGUCUCUCACCUCCAGCACUGCCAACGAUCGGAUCCUUAAGUAUAACCUGAUUAAUGACACCCUCAAUAUUGCGGUCCCGAAUGGCGAAAUUCCAGACUGUAAAUGGAACAAGUCACCCCCAAAGGAAGUUCUUGGCAAUUAUGAAAUUCUGUAUGACGAAGAGCUGGCGCAGGGUGAUGGGGCUGACCGAGAGCUGAGGAGUCGUCCGGGCCAGUCAUUAGGGCCCAAAGGGGGCCGAUCGAGAGACUCGGGGAGAACCGCCCUCACCACCUGGAAGUGACCACCAGCGAGAGCAGAAGACUCCGGCGGGACCCUACCGGAACUUCUCACUGCACCCAGCCCUUGCCAAAGACCUGUUUUGAAAUUUCCUUUUUCUAGAGCUUUUUUCCUUUCCUAAGCCCUGUAAAUAAAUAAAGGCACUUCUUUGGAAGGU